AUGAAAUCAGAGGAGGUGGUCCGGGGAAUGCUGUACCUGUCUCUCACUGUGGUUGGAGUUCCGGGAAACACUGCUGUCAUCGUGGCAUUCCUCCUGGCACUGUACCAGGAGCAUCAGCUUCUUCCUGCUGACGCCAUUGUGCUGCACCUGGCCUGUGCCAACCUGCUGGUAGUAGGCGUGCGCUGCCUGCUGGAGACCCUGGCCACCUUCCGCCUGGUCAACAUCUUUGGGGACACGGGCUGCCAGGGGGUGAUCUUUGUCUACCGUACGUCUCGCUCCCUCUCCAUCUGGCUCACCUUUGUGCUGAGUGCCUACCAGUGCCUGAGCAUCGCUACUCCCGGCUCCUGCUGGGCCUCCAUCCGUGUCCUGGUGGCUCGCUACCUGGCAGUGAUCUUCCUCACCCUUUGGGUCAUCAAUACCUCCAUGAGCUCGGCAGCCAUAGCCUUCUCCCUGGGCUCCCGGAAUGACUCGGUCAACAUGCAGCACAGCAUUAAUGUUCAAUUCUGCUAUGUUCGCUUUCCUACUAUGCAGUCCAAACAGGUGAACGGGGCUGUCCAGGUAGGGAGGGACGUGGUACCUAUGGGCAUGAUGACCCUGGCCAGUCUGGUCAUCCUUGUGUUCCUGUACCGCUACAGCCAGCAGGUGAAGGGACUCCGCAGCAGCUCUGGGGCCAGCGGUGGGGCAGAGCGGCGGGCGGCUAAGGCUGUAGUGGCCUUGGUGACCCUGUAUGUGGUCCUCUAUGGGGUGGAUAAUGGACUGUGGGUAUACACCCUCACCGUGAGGAAGACCAUGAGCUCCUCACUGAUCUCAGACCUGCGCAUAUUCUUCUCGUCGCUGUAUGCAGCGCUCAGCCCCCUGGUGAUCAUAGCCACCAACAGGAAGGUGAACAGCAGGCUGAGGUGUGUGGUGCAGGAGAGGCCCGUUCAGGACAAAGCCACUACACUAUCUACUGUGUGA